CUAUAGAAGGAGUCGUGGUGAGUGUUCUUCCACAAAUAUGCACCCCCGGCAUUCGAAACGGACUCGAAGCUGAUUAUUCGUUUCUCAUACACUCGGCACCACCGAAGGCUUACCGGCAAAUGCUUACCUUAUCUGUUGCGUCGAGCCUACUACUGCCAUGGGUUCAUGGCCGCCGACGGCUGGCAAGUGAAAGACACGCUGAUCCGUCCAUCCCUACUCGAACGCGCCAGAUUACCAAUCUACCAUGGCGGACCUUCGGUUGAAGACCGGCGCUUCAUCCCACACUAUCCGCUUGUCACGGGCCUGUCUGGCUGCUCGGCGCCACCACGCCAGCACUCAAAUACGCAUGAUAUGAUCUCGAUUGACUCGCACGCGCUGCCCUAUUCCCUUCACAGUCUUCAUGCGAUGUCGACCGCUUUGGAUAGCAUACCCUCGACGCUGGGUGCCGUCCUUGCGGGCGGCUUCGUGUCCACGUUCCUUUCAGGAAUCGUGUCAAUGCAGACUGUUCUCUAUACUUCCUUGUACCAUGAUGACGCUCUGCGGCUGAAAGUCGUGGUCUAUUUGAUCUGGACACUUGAUAUCUUGCAUACGAUAUUUGUAUGUGUUGGAGAUUGGCAAUAUUUUAUCUCCCACUGGGAAAGCAAUGAUGUCAAGGACUGGUUACCAUGGCCAAUUGCAACCACAAUAGCGCUCACGGCGAUCAUGACCUUCGUAGUGCAAUGUUUCUUCGCAUACAGGGUCUUUACAGUAAGCCAAAGAAAAUGGCAUAUCGCUAUACCGCUGGUUGUGGUCGCAUUCGCCCGAUUAGUUGCUGCGCUGGUCUCUACCGCAAUGAUGGAUCGGCUGGGGAGCUUCUCGAAAUUUAAAACAGAUGCAGGGUGGGUUUUCACCCUUGGCCUUUCAUUAUCAGCAGCGUUGGAUAUCAUGGUCGCGACCACGCUAUGCUACUAUCUAUGGAAGAGCAAGAGCGGAUUCUCCUCGAUGGAUAGCGUCCUCAACACACUGACCUUCUAUACGGUGCAAAACGGCACGAUCACCUUUAUUACAACAAUCGUAACCUUGAUAUGCUGGGUUACAUUACCGAAUCUGGUCUUUUUGUCUCUGCAUUUCAUCAUCACCAAGCUAUAUGCCAAUGCGCUGCUCUCAACGCUGAACGCAAGAAGAGCUCUUCGACUUCAGCAGUCAUCCGCUGCUGACGUGGACCUUUCUUUCCCGAUGGUCAUUAGCACAGGCGAGCACUCAGGAAAUCACGAACGCGGCCAGACCCGCAGUAGACAACAUGUGUGUCUGCCGCAUUCGUUAAGGACAAAAUCUUACCAUGCCAUACAGCCACGUACCGAACAUAUUCCCAUGACCACUACGGUGCACAUCAAUGUCGAAGAGACCGUCCAGAUCGAGGCCGCCUAUGGCGAAGAACAUCCUUCAGAGACCGACAUAUCGAAGGUCCAAAUAUGAUUUAUAACAUUGUAUCUCAUUUAUGUAUGUCGCUGCAUGCAUUCUUAACGCCUAUGUUCAUUGCUUCCGUAUCGGUGCUGUCGAUGAUAUGGUUCUCUGUCAUGUCCAUCGCUGUUCUUGAAAAAUCCUCACGAAACAUUCACCUCAUAUUUAUGGCACAAUACUGAGAUAAUCUUGCAAACUCG